CAAGAGGAUCGCUAUUCUAUCUCUACUUCUCAAACGGUAGCACAUGAACUGGCACAUGGCCUCUCAGCACGUCACGACGGAGAAAACAAUCUCUGCAACGCUUCAGAGAGAUACAUUCUGGGUUCUCCUGAUGCGGAAAAAAAGCCUGGGACAGAGUAUAAUCCAUGGCUGUUCUCUCCCUGCAGUGUCAGUUACUUUACCAGCUUUUUGAAGAAAAAAUUGAGCUCCAGUCGAGGUUACACUUGUCUUGUCUACGCUGUCGAAGCAUCAGCAGACAUUCCAGAUGUAUCUGAUAAACUAUUGGGUCAGGUGAUCAAACCUGAUCAACAGAGUCAACAGUUUUUUGGAAAUGAUUCCUUCUUUUGCAGGGUCUGCAUAAAUGGACAAUGUGUCAGCGACCCAUACGCUCCUCAAAUUGAUGAAAACUGUGCAUUUGGAGACAGACCGAGCUAUUCUUGCAGUUUGUUUAUCAAUGACUUUAUGGGCAACUGUUACUCUACUCUCUAUCGAGCAUGUUGUGACACGUGUAACAAUAUGUCUAGGCCCGUGAAAGGCUGUGAAUACGGAGAUAGAAUCAUCGAUUGUACAAAAGAUCACUGCUUGAAUUCUCAAGUGGAUUUCUGCGGCACGUGUAACUAUGGCACCCCCUUUACCCCAACGUACAGCACCAGAAGAAGCACACCGGAAAGAUUAGCCACGACAGCAAAUCCCCUUGUGCUAUUCACUUCAAUUAAAGAUUGUAAACCAGGAGAUCAAGACUUGAGACCAGAACUGUGUACUAACUUUAGCGUCUGCCUAAUACAGCCAACACAGUGUUGUCACUACUGCUCGUCAUAUUACACGUCUGCACCUACAAGUACCACGACAACGAGACCAUUGAUACCAUCCACUUCACCCAAAACUAAAUGUGAACCAGGAGAUCUAGACUUGAGGCCAGAACUGUGCACUAACACUAGUGUCUGCCAGACAAAGUCAUCACUAUGCUGUCACUUUUGCUCGUUACAUUACAAUUCUGCAACUACAAGUACCACACAAUUAACGCCCCCCAACGAGUGUGUACUAGGAGAACCAGAUUUAAGUCCACAGCUGUGUACUAGCCGUAGUAUCUGCCAGACACAGCCAUUGAUGUGCUGUAAAUAUUGUUCUUCCCGAGACAAUUCUGCAAGCCAUCUCUCAUUAUACACUAUUUGGAUAUAUUGUUUUUGUAUUGCGUUCUUUCUUUAUAUUAAAACAAAUGUCUAUUAGGCAUUAGGUAGAUAAAGUACAAAUGUCUAUUAGGUAGCUAAAGUACAAAUGACUCUUAGGUAGAUAAAGUACUUACCCUUGUUCGGUAUUUUUUUUUUAGUUUUUGUCUAUUUCUUAUCUUUAUACCAUUUUAAGCAUUGUUUAAACAAGGAAAUCAAUUAUAAUGAAGCAAUCUAUCAAUCAUAAUGAAGCAAUCGUUGGUGUACUGUGUAUGAAAUAAUAGACCUCUAAAACAUGUGGCCAGGGCCGGCCUUAGAUAAUGAGCCUCCUUGUCCUUAUCAUUAUGAGGAACAUUUUGUACAUCCUCUUAUAAUUCUGGAUCUAGAGAUAAAUUAUGUUGCUUGUUUUUAUUUCUUUUAUUAAACAGUUUCAAGUUCUUUAUAUAA